AUGUCUACCGAGUCGGGGCCUGCAGCCCUUCGUCUGCAAUGCACCAAUCAUUGGUUCUAUCUCAGGAUUAAGGCCACGCUAUUCCACAAUGUAUUUAUGGAACCUGAUGAAGUGUAUUUAGGAUCUAUCUGCCCUGUGAGCACCGUCUGGCCAAAUGAUGUCUAUGACUUUACCUACCGUACUUACGCCUGCGGCAUUGUCAAUAAAGUUCUUUAUGAUGUCACUUUGCUUCAGACACACCUUGCAUAUAUCCCAAAAAACCCUAGUAAUAACCGAACUGAGAUGCGCCUGUCCUGUGUUCUACACAGUCGGUAUCCUCUUUUCUGUGAAGCUGAGAGUAAAGGAGACUUCAGUGGCAACCCUCCUGAGUGGGAAGUAGACAUGACAGUACGCAAGAAAGAUAAGGCUGCUCCUGCAGUGCCGCUAAACUUUUCAACAUCAGGUCAAAACACCAACCAGGUGUCGCAGGAGCCUCAGACCUCGGGAACCAGCAGGCAUCAGCUUGCUGAGGCAUCUAACUGAGUGGAUUAGAGUUUUGCCCUCUCCAUUUCUCCAGAAUGCAGAUGGUUGCAGGCUGUCUUCUCUCAUCCAUUUUUAAAAAGUGACUGAUUUGCAGUUUUAAAUAAAAUGGCAUGCUACCUUCAUAUAUUCUCAUUUUAAAAAGCUGUCCCUGAUUUUAGCUUCAUCAAAUCUGAUUAAUCAAUAAAAAUUUCUA